AUGAACCAAGACAUGUUCAUAAAUAUUCUUUCUCAUUCUCCUGUUUCGGUGGUCGAAAAAUUCAGACACCUAAACAAAGAAUGUAACCAGAGAACCUACACUUCUUCGUUUCUCAAACUCAAUAUCCAAAGAACCAAUUCCAUUUCCGGUUACUUCCUCCAGUACUCCGAGAGACUAACUCUACACUCCACUUUUGUCGAAGCUCUCGGAAACAGGCCUUGUGGGACUGACGUCUCGCUCGAUUUUCUACCGCCGGGAAAAGUAAAGAUUGAAGCUUGUGACUCAAGUCAUGGGAUCUUGCUUUGUGUUAAUGAUCGUCCGGUUAGAGGAAGACAACCGGAGUACAUCAUCUGCAAACCAACAACAAAACAGUACCUGAUCUUACCGAAACCAAAAACCCGGUAUUUCACGGUCGCGCUCGGUUUAAUGGUUAUUGGAUCUACCCCUUUCCGGUAUAAGAUCAUCAGGCUCUCAGACUUACCUUACGUGGAGAAUAGGAGGUACAACAUCAACACCACUUUCGUCUGUGAAGUUUUCGAUUCGGUUUCAUUUGCAUGGAAACGACUAAAGAAUUUUGAACUACUGGAAAAUGACUUAUUGAGUCCAUGGAACUCUAAACCGAUAGCUUCUUACGGGUUUUUGCAUUGGUUAACAACCCGCAACAAUGUGAUCCGGUUUUGUUUCAAAACCGAAACUUGGUCAUAUUCUCCGGUUCCUGAGAAUCUAGCAAGCGCUAACUCUCUAAAUUUGACAAGCUACGAAGGUAAGCUCGGGAUUAUUAGUUCGAGAUCCAAGGAAGGAGUGGGUUGUGAGGAUUUAUGGGUUUUAAAGAGCAUUUUUGGAACUUCUUGGGUGAAUGUGAAAGAGAUUGAAAAUAAAGGGCUCAAAUCCGUUGGGUUCUUAAGCAACGACGUCGUAACGCUGGCUGACGUGGAUCGAAUCUGCUUAUACAACAUGAAUAACGGGAAAUCUCAGAAUUUAGAAAUAAGGGCUCCAAAAUUCUCCCCUUCCCAUUAUUCGACCAUUAUUUAUUUCCCUAUCUUUUCUGAUUACCAGAGAGUUGAAUUUAACGGGAGAUAA